CUCACAUAUCGCCUGCAACCACUCUGUUGCCAUCACCAAGGGUAUCGAGCUAUUCUCAGACGUAUUCUCAUGCAUUCGGCCGCUAUUCGACGACCGCCAGUUGACUGGCGUUGUCUGCUCAGCGACUCAGCGUCCAGCCCUGGAUAGCUCAGCGGCUAACGCAGAGUGAUAGACGAUCAUGACCCAGCCCGCUAUAUACCCCGUUGAGACCGCAAGUUCCCUCUUCCGUGCAUGAUGUUCUUCUCUAGUGUUUCGUCUCAUCGUGUUCAGGAGGUCACAUCGCACAAGCUGGCUCCUCCAUAAAGAAUAAGUGUCUCGCCUUGACCUUGUUUCCCACGAUGCUUCUUGAGGGUGCUCGCUACUCACUACAACUCGGUCUACUUCUGCCUCUGUCACUCAUUACAACAGCUCAGCCUGAGCCUGUUCUAUCUUCGAUACUCCAAGCCCGGGACACAGAUAAGCCUUUACCAGGAGGACCAAUUGACACAACCUAUCUGCCAGCCCAGAUUGGUGGUAUAAUCGGAGCAUACGCUGUAUCAUUGGUGCUGGUCGCCAUAACACUGCUUGCCCUAUCAAAGAAGCGACGCGAACAUAUUGCAGCUGGACUUGACGAGGUCGACUUUGAAGUCCGGAAAGAUAUCGUCAGUCCCGACUUUCCUCCAACAGCUGUACCUACAUCUCUGAAUAUCAUCACGGACACCGAAUUUGUCAAACCGAGCUUCCAGGACUCGCACGAAGGAAAUCCAUACAUCUAUCCAUCGCCGGCUUCAAGUAUUGGAGCCCCCGGAACUAAUCCUUUUGUCGAUCCCCGUGUUGUGGCAGUAGACAGACUCAUGGCUCAAUCUCAGCUUGAAGACAUGUACAAGCAUGUCCUGGAGCAUGAGGAUGCAAAGAAGCGAGGAGUUGUUUACGAUGUUCCUCUUCCUCCCACUGCUCACCACCAACCACGCCCUUCAGCCUCGGCUUCCGUACUCUCUCUGAAAUCUUCGACAUCCUCGCCAUCGAAGAAGGAGAGGAGCAAGCCAGCAACACUCAACCUUUCUGCUUCUCGCGAGGAGAAGAGCCAGUCAAGGACCUCCUCAUUUCUCUCAGCGCUACGAUCACCAAAGAAGAAGCAGAUGAAGGGCAUGAGCAUCUCAUCGCCUCUCAUGACCCCUCAAUCGGGUGAAUUUCCUCGCUAUGAAGGACAGGAGAUGAGCGCGAUUCCUCCCCGGCAUUAUGCUCCGGCUGCUCCUCCUCCGGUCCCUACUAAUCAGGUCCCGUAUGGUUCACCGGCCCUCCCGCCCAAGACCCAUGCGUCGCUUCCGACCCCGGACAUCUCGCCCGAGAGUGUUUUGAGCAUCGAUGAACGUAUCGGAAGUCAACUUCCUUAUCCUGGCCACGCCCGUACCGUAUCGCAUGCACCCAGCGAGCGUGAUCCCGAGUCAGCAACUUCGGAACACUCUCAAGUACCACUGGUCGGCCUGCCAUCGUCUCCCAAGCCCGGUUCAAGGUUCCCGUCUCUUCCCGCGUCACCCAAGCCUGGCCAGACAUUCCACCGUGCCAACGCACCUUCAGCUGUGCGAACUGGUGGUUCUCUGCCAUUGCGUGCCUACGAGCCUGCCAUGGUUUCACCAAAUACCAUUGCGCAGACUACCAAGCAGACUGUGUUCGAGAGGAAAGGACCACUAUCACCAAGCGGAGCAAUGACUCCGCAUACAGCUGGUGCAGUGCCUUAUUCGCCUUAUCAGCCCUUCACGCCAUGCAUGCCUGUGACACCUUCGCUUGUAACCAGGGAGGAUCGGAAGAGAAUGAAACGCAUGGUACCUAAGACACCGACAUUGGAGAUGGUUCAGAGUUCGGAUGAUGUUUGGUAAACGAAAUGAUUGGAGUUUAUGAUUAUUUAAAGGGGUCUACAUUGCAUUGUUUCCUUUGAUGUCGUUGAUAUCAAGACAUAGGGGUCUUCUCAGUUGGGGUUUACAGUAUUUGGUUAGAGCUGGCCCAUGGGCUUGCGGGGAUGUAGUAACGGCCGCAAGGACCAGAACAUUACUAUUUGCAUAAAAUAUUCACCUGUAUAUCAUUUGUUUCUACC